GAAAGUUUUCACCCAACUAUUUUAUAAUGUACUGGAUGAAGAAUGUCACAGAUAGUAAAUUGCUUACCCGAACAUUGUUAUUCCCGCCGGGAGGGUGUGUUACGUCCAAGGGCAGGAUUCAGUGAAAACUCUCUUUUUUACCUGUAGUUUUUAUCUGUGUUUUUUUACCCGUACUUUUUACCUGUGUGUUUUGGUUUUACUUGUGUACACCACGGAUUGACACAUUGCGAGUGAGAGGGAAUAGACUAAAUCUUCACCUCGUUGUUUGCAACAUAUUUGAGGAAAUCGCAUCUUACCUAGAUCUCAUCAUGUAUGUUGUUCGAUUUCUAGUCAUUUGGAUAAACGCAGUGAAUGUGGCUGAGACGCUGUGUCCAAAUGAUGGUAACCCAGUUGUGAAACUGUGUGAGUUCAACUACUAUUUCGGCAAAGACGUCUACCUCGAUGGACAGAUCAUGCAGAGUUACGCUCGAGACUGCACAUGCACCAUUAGCCCCACCAUGAACCAGUCUAUGAGCUACGUGUCGACAUAUUCCGUAACAGGAAGUGCGCAAUGCGACAAUGCCACAUUCAGCAUCAGUACAGGCAUGCCGUCAUUCGCGACCUGGAACUGCUCCAGUGGCGGUUUUAAUCAAACCAACGUUGCCGUCAGUACAACCGCACCAUGGAAAGUGAGACUGACAAAAACAACUUCCGGUUUAAAACUAACAGAAGAUAUUGACACCAGUUAUUGUAUGAAAUUUGUUGCAACCACUGCAAAAUUCACCGUGAGCUGUGUGUCGGGGACGAAUACCACUGUGGAUGUAGACGAAUGUGAACAGGACACAGACAACUGUGACGUCAACGCUUUGUGCACCAACACAUUUGGAUCCUUUACCUGUACCUGCAAUAAUGGGUUCUCUGGAAAUGGUACCACCUGUAAAGAUAUUGACGAAUGUGCUUCUGGUGAACAUAUAUGCUCACCACACGCCGACUGUGUGAACUUUCCUGGUGGAUACAGUUGCAAAUGUCAAACUGGAUUUUCUGGAAAUGGGUACCUGUGUAAAGAUGACAAUGCAUGUUCUAUUGGCACUCAUAUAUGCCCAAACGAUACAGCGGACUGUGUCAACUUACCCGGUUCAUACACUUGCAAAUGUCGAGAUGGAUAUAACGGGACUGGAUAUAUUUGCGAAGAUGUUGAUGAAUGUACGUUCGGUGACAAUCACUGCUCCAAAGAUGCAGACUGUGUGAACCUGCCAGGUUCAUAUUCUUGUAAAUGCCGAGAUGGCUACAGCGGGACUGGUUAUCUUUGUCAAGAUAUCGACGAAUGUGCUUCUAGUUCUAAUCGAUGCUCUACCACCUACGACUGUAUCAACUUGCCUGGGUCAUACACUUGUAAAUGUCCAACUGGAUAUAACAGAACUGGACAAUCUUGUGAUGAUAUCAACGAAUGUACUUCUGGUGUGGAUGAAUGUUCAGCAGACGCAGACUGUAUCAAUAUUCCUGGAUCAUACACCUGCAGAUGUCGAAGUGGAUAUGCUGGGACUGGGGUAAUUUGCCAAGAUGUCAACGAGUGUUCUACUGGCACUGCUGUAUGCUCCAAAGAUGCAGAAUGCAUCAACAUGCCUGGUGGAUACACUUGCAAAUGCCGAGGUGGAUAUAAUGGGACUGGAUAUCUUUGUGAAGAUAUCGACGAAUGUACAUCCGGUGACAAUCACUGCUCCAAAUAUGCAGACUGUUUGAACCUGCCAGGUGAAUACUCUUGUAAAUGUCGAGAUGGAUAUAACGGGACUGGAUAUAUUUGUCAAGAUAUCGACGAGUGUGCUUCUGGCUCUGCUCUAUGCUCUAUUACCUCCGACUGUAUCAACAUGCCUGGUACAUACUCGUGCAUAUGUCGAAAUGGAUACAACGGGACUGGGUAUAAAUGCCAAGAUAUCGACGAGUGUUUGACUGCUACACACCGGUGUGACGCUCACGCUAACUGUACAAACUCAGCCGGGUCAUACAGCUGUUCUUGUCAAUCGGGCUACACGGGAGAUGGUUUUAAAUGUACUUUCACGGAUGUAAGCAAUUGUGUCCUAGGAAAUAACACCUGUCACUGGAGAGCUGACUGCCUCAACGACACAGGUUAUUACAGGUGUCAGUGUAAAGAGGGAUUCUCGGGCGAUGGCUUCACCUGUUUUGAUGUCAACGAAUGUAUUGAAGGUAUUCACGUGUGUCCAAAUGAGGCGCAAUGCCUUAACCAACCUGGUAGAUACACCUGCAAAUGUCUAAAUGGAUAUUCGGGAAAUGGCUACUCUUGUAAAGAUGCUGACGAGUGCCUUUUGAAAACCCACAAAUGCCACUACAGCGCCAACUGUACCAACACGUAUGGGUCGUAUGAGUGUACAUGCAAACGAGGAUUCACUGGCAAUGGAUUCAUCUGUAAACCGGAUAACGAGUGCACGGCACAGACACACUUGUGUGAUUUUAAUGCAGACUGUGUGAACUUCGUGGUUGGUUACAACUGCAUCUGUCAUCCGGGAUACACUGGCAAUGGAAGAAACUGUACUGACAUUAACGAGUGUUUGUCAAGGGUGUGUGAUGUUAACGCUGUCUGUAACAACACGGGGGGAUCCUAUAGCUGUUCCUGCAAGUCUGGAUUCACGGGAGAUGGAUACUCGUGUAAAGAUAUCGACGAGUGUUCCAGUGGGACGACGUCUUGUCCGCUACGAUCACAAUGUGUUAAUACCGGAGGGUCGUACAAGUGCAUGUGCCUCGAUGAAACCGAGCCAGACCCGGCUACUGGCUGCAAAGAUUUCGAUAUAUGCAAGAGUAAAUUUCACAAAUGUAGUAAGAGGGCGACUUGUAUGAAGACAGAUGCGUCCUACAAAUGUGAAUGCAACAAUGGAUAUACAGGAGAUGGAAUCACUUGUAGAGAUGUUAAUGAAUGCAAAGAUGGAAGUCACGGGUGUCACGCAAACGCGACCUGCAGUAAUCGACUGGGAACACACGUCUGUCUCUGUAAUCAAGGAUUUGAAGGAAAUGGACGUGAUUGUACCGAUAUCGACGAAUGUGAUGCAGCCAUUCAGAGAUGCCCAGCAUCUUCCUCGUGUACAAAUUCCAUUGGUUCCUUCAACUGUAGCUGUAACUCCGGAUACACCUAUGCUGGAUCUGAAUGUAAAGAUAUUGACGAGUGUUCAGCCGCGAUUCGCAUCUGCCACCGUGACGCUGAAUGCCUCAACACUAAUGGUUCCUACAGCUGUAGUUGUCGUGCUGGCUUCACGGGCUCUGGAGUUACCUGCAAAGCUCAACCAUCGGCUAGCGGCAGGGCAUCUGUGAUUGCACCGGAAAUGGCUGGACUGAUUGGAGGGAUUAUAGGUGGCGUUUUCCUAAUUGUCAUUGUCGUUGGUGUUAUCUUCUACUGUGCACAAAAAGAUGUAAAACAACAAAAAAGAAGAAAACAAAAAGAAGACCUUUUGGAUAGCUACAAUGAUGUGCAACAUUAAGUGUAAUAAUCGUUCUGUAAAUCAUAAUACAUACCAUUCAAAACCCGGCGAAUAUUAACGGGUAAUGCUGAACGCAUUUGACUGUGGCGGUUUGUGGAUGAGAUGAUUAAAAAGUGGUAAAAUGUUUCAAAGUAUAUCCGGUAAGUGUACUCUGGUGAAAUCGUGUGUAUUUGUUAACACACAAACAUUUAAAUAUUAUGCGAAAACGGAAUAAGAAACGAAAUGGGCUGUCUAUUUAUUUAUUAUUUAUCAUAAUCACUUAGAAUAAUAUUUUAUUGAAAUCAAUAUAAUAUAGACGAAUAUGCAGACGAUAUACAGCCUUAUCAAGCAUUGUACAUAAAACUAAUAUUUGUUGUUUGUACUUAUAACAGACGAUACCGAUUCACUUCAGCAUAAUACUUAUAUAAUAAAUCACUUGUAUUCCUAGUGGUCUAAUUUUCAUAUCAUUCGUGGACAAUUGCAGUCAACGAAUUUAAAAACUCAGAGGAACUAUAACACAUGUAGGCUAUGCAUAUGAUAAACAUUUAUUACAUUACCUUUUCAAUUCACGAAGUUAAGAACCCAACGGGAUUUGUUUGGUAACAAAACCAUGCAAAUUUAAACCUGCGAAAAUAAAGAAUUUCACAUAAUUAAGUUACAUCGAUAGAAGAGUAUUAUAAAUACGCCCAAUAAUAAGAUUAUGAGAGUUUUCUGAAGGGAAAUGUUUAUUUUUAAAAUGCCACUAUUUGUAUUGUGUUGUGAAAUUACUGGUGAUGGUUGACAGCUUUAUGUAUUCAGGGUUUCAAACUGAACUGCAAAUAGAUUCUCUACAGCAAAGACAUUUUUGAUGAAACAGCCCACAUGCGAUUUUUUAAUGUGUUUUAAUAUAUAAUUAUUCAUAUAUUCGUAUGUUGUUAUCAUAAAUUGUCUACUAUUUCAUUGUCAUUUUUUUUAGUUAGGUUUCUAAACUCAUAUGGCUUGUUUGUUGUUUUAUUUCUAUGCUAUACAUGAAUGUUAGAAGCUAUGUUCCCAGGAAGAUACAUUAAAAAAGGAGAACAUAUGCCUGAGCAGUUGGGGGGGGGGGGGGGGGGGGGGGUUCGACCCCAGAAUGCCACACGAGCCUGUUUAGUCGGAGAUGGCCAAAGUAUCUGUAUAAUAGUUGAAAAGGCCAUGUUGCCAUAGUCUAUUGAUAUUUGUCUGAUGUGUAAUUCAAUAGUGUGUCGUAGGUAAUAACUGUACCAUGUGGCGUACCGGUAAUACUCUAGUUAAUUAGUUAGUUGCAUAUGUAUUUCUUUUUUCUUUCUUUUUUAUAAUAUACAUUGAUUAUUUAACUAAUAAAAUAUAAUAAAGAAAA